AUGUCUGCAAUAACUGGAACGUUCCGGAUCGUCUCCGAGGAGGAGCAAGCCCUUCGCACCAAACUCGAGCGACUCACCACUAAGGACCACGGCCCCGUCUUCGGAAAGUGUGACAAAGUCCCCCCGCACACCAUGCAGAAGGCAAAGGACGAGCUGAACGAGACAGAGGAGAAGCGGGAGUCGGCCGUGAAGGAGCUCCGGGAGCUGGUGUGUGAGAGAGCCAGCGGGAGCGAGGACGUGUGCAAGGCAGUGGCAGAGAAGGUGAAAGGAAAGGAUGACUCCUUUUUCCUUCGCUUCAUCCGUGCCCGCAAGUUCGACGUCAACAGAGCUUAUGAGCUACUAAAAGGCUAUGUAAACUUCCGCCAGCAGUACCCAGAGCUCUUCGAUAACCUGACACCCGAGGCCGUGCGCAGCACCAUCGAGGCCGGCUACCCCGGCAUCCUGGCCAGCAGGGACAAAUACGGCCGAGUGGUGAUGCUUUUCAACAUUGAGAACUGGGACUACGAGGAGAUCACCUUUGACGAGAUUCUUCGCGCAUAUUGUGUUAUCUUAGAGAAGCUGCUGGAGAAUGAAGAGACCCAGAUCAACGGACUCUGCAUCAUUGAGAACUUCAAGGGCUUCACCAUGCAACAGGCGUCUGGCAUCAAACACUCCGAACUCAAGAAGAUGGUGGAUAUGCUGCAGGACUCCUUCCCAGCUCGAUUCAAGGCCGUUUACUUCAUCCACCAGCCUUGGUAUUUCACCACCACCUACAACGUGGUCAAACCUUUCCUGAAGAGCAAACUCCUGGAGCGGGUCUUUGUGCAUGGGGAGGAGCUGGAGUCCUUCUACCAGGAGAUCGAUGCUGACAUCCUGCCAGCAGAUUUUGGUGGUAACCUGCCCAAAUAUGAUGGCAAAGCUAUUGCCGAGAAGCUUUUCGGGCCCCGGAUCGAGGCUGAAGACACAGCUCUAUAA